AGGAAUGCAUCACUUAGCCUACGGUAGUUGGUCUAACAACAAGUAAAGCAACUUCCUUCCAGCAACAUCACCUUCAAUCAAAAGUCUACCAAAAUGCAGAAGAUUGUACUCGUCACGUUGGCGCUGGUCGGUGUCGCUCUGGCCUACGAACAUCACGGAUUCGUCAGCGAAGUCAAGCACAUCCCGUACAAAUACUUCGGCGGUGGCGGUAUUGGCGGUGGACAGGGUGGAUUUGAGGGUGGCAUUGGAGGCGGCAUCGGCGGAGGAUUCGAGGGUGGCUACGAGGGCAAGGAUUACUACGCCUACCCGAAGUACAAGUUCGAGUACGGAGUGAAGGACUACCACACCGGCGAUCACAAGAGCCAGUGGGAAGUCCGGGACGGUGAUGUCGUGAAGGGCGAGUACACCCUGCAGGAACCGGACGGUUCGAUGCGCGUCGUCAAGUAUCACGCCGACAGCAAGAACGGAUUCGAGGCCAUCGUCAAGAACAUCGGCAAGGGUGGUUACGAGCAGGGUGGUCAGUAAGACACCUUGAGGCACGGCCCCAACCGAUCUCGUUGUGAUUUCCGAUUUCAUUUCCGAUCUGACCAAUGCGACUGCCAAAGACUUUUCCCGCCCAUAUCUCGUCAUAAUAUGCCUGUGCUAUUCCUACAUAAAAAAUGAAUCCAUGAAUGAAA